UGUAGAUUUAAAUUUUCUUGAAACUUUAAAAAAUAAUAAUGGUAAUGUCGUAAGUUCAUACGCUAUUAUUGCCAAUACAAAUACAGAUGAUGUCUUUAAAAAGCUCAUUUUUAUAAAUUGUCCUAGUUGUAAUCAUUCAUUUUUAGCAGCACCUUAUAAUACAAUUUUGCACGAUAACGACGAGCAAGAACUUGAAAACUUAUUUAGCAAACUUGAAAAAAAGCUUGAAGAUUUAAUGGAAGCAAAAAAAAAGCCUGAAUUUAGCAAUAUUUACAUUUUAGAUACUUUUAAUAUUCCAAAUGAGGUUGAGUUAGAUUUUGGAACAAUAGAUUUUGAGUUUCACAUUAGAAUCCACGAAGUGAAUAUACGCAUUAUUGAUUGUAUUUCAAAUAUUUUUAAACAACUUAGGUAUCAACGAAUAUCACAGCAUGGUUAUAUUGUGAUAGUAAAAGUUCUUAAUUUUACAAUGCAAGUUUUUACCUUUAUCAAUGAUUGCAAAUUUAUUGAAUUUGAAAAGUUGAUUGAACAGUCUUAUUUUGACGAUAGGUUUAAAUAUCAAAAAUAUAAAUUUUCAACUUUAUUUUCGGAUUUAAGUUUUUUAGAAAUGAUUAUUUUAGUAGAAAAAAUAAUUUACAAAGAUCUGAAUUUUGAUCUUAAGAAGGGAGAUGAAUUAAUGAGGUAUCUUGGAUGUUUAAAAAAACAAUUUAAAUACAUGCAUGCAGAUUUAAAAUUCUAUACUGAAAAUGCAGAAAUUGUUGACAACCUCUAUAUGAAAUUUUUACAAUAUUAA